CAUCGAAAUACCUUAAUAUAUGCUUCUAGUCAGUGUUGUGAACAGUGAACGAACGUAAAAAGGCGCAAUUGAUCCACUUACCUUGUGUCACCUUUAAAUGACUACUAAACAGAAGUCAAAUCAAUCAACUGCUUGCGGUUGUUCGUCAUCCUUGCGGUUUUUCCACGGCUUUGUGAAUACGUACGAAUGAGAAGCGAAGUUUGUAUGCUUGCUUCCGCGGUAGAAUGCAAAUUCGCACUUUUGUCAUAGCAUCGGGACCUGCAUUCACACGAUAAAUAGUGAAGCGGAUAUCAAACGUCAGGACAGGGAUAGUUCAUAAAUUGAUGUGCAUCUACAGUACACGAGCAACCGAAAUUGCAACCGACUCAGGAAAACAAUCCAAAGUGAAAUUGUUGUGGAAAAAGUUGCCCCACUAAAGAAACUGCAACCUUCACCAGCCAACGCUGUGUUGUCCCGUGAUGGCUCAAGUGUGUACUUCCAAAUGUUGGCAAUGAGAAUAUAACUUGGCGAAAAAAAACUACCCGAAGAAUAGGAGAAAAUUACAAGUGUGUAAACAUAAAACUGCGUUGGGAUCGUAUUCCGCGGUGACGGUACCGGAGACCAAAGCGAGAUGGAUUACAUAAAAGAGUUGGAUAUUCGGCUCGAUAAAGAGUACUACUACGCUGGUGAAGUGCUCUCCGGGAAGGUGAUGCUGCACACAACCGAUAAUUUCAAACUUAAGUCGAUCCGUCUGUUGCUCCGAGGCAAAGCUCACGUCGAGUGGAAGGUGUUUGUAUCCGGUGAUAAGAGAACGGUGAAGGACGACCAGCUGUACAUCGACGAGCGGGCCGUGAUAUGGGGCGAGAGGUCUGGCGAAGCACUAGACGUCACGGUGCCGGUACUGAUUCGCGGUCAACAUCAAUUCCCUUUCCGCUUCAACAUUCCGGAAACCAACCUACCCUGCAGUUUUGAGUCACGUGCCUGCUAUAUUCGUUACUUCGUUAAAGUUACAAUAGAUAUUCCAUACGCCUCACCACCGCAAGGCAUCAAAUAUUUCACCAUUGUGGGACCACACAUCGACUGUAUGGAGGAGCAUUAUCUGAAACCCAUCACAGCUCAGGAUAAGAAAGAGAGGUGUUGUCUUUGUUGUGCGAAAGGACCUGUAGUGCUAAGCUGCUCCUUGGACCGCACUGCAUUCUGUUGUGGUGAAACGCUCAAACUGAAAUCCGUCAUCGACAACCAGGGUGAGGACACCGUCAUGCUGAAAGUGCGGUUGCUGCAGUUUUGCGAAUUUUUCGCCGAACGUGGUGUGCUCGGCGUGACAAAGGAAGUCCAACAUUUGGUACUCGAGUACAAGGGUGAGCCAGUGGCAUCUCGAGAUCAUCAAGAUACGUGCACCAACUUGCGGAUACCGACAGUGCCUACGACACUAAUGGGCGUCUGUCGCCUUGUCCAAAUCUAUUACACUUUGACCGUAUGCUUGGAAUUUGAGAAAUCUGGCGAAGAUUUGCACAUUAAUUUUCCCAUCACCAUAGGAACAGUUCCAUUCCGAAUACCGAACAGCAAUCUACAACCGCACAUAGGAUACGAUGUUGCCAUCGACCACGUGGAAGGUGGAAUUUAUAUCGGACCGGAAUUCCUGUUGGGGGAAGUAUAUGACGGAUGCAACGUAAGCGACAACGAAUACCGUGACCUGGCGCCCCUCUAUCGUCCGAUGUACCUCACAGUCGUUCGAAGCUCCCGGCAAAUAUCAGCCCGUGCCGUUGGACGGGUGAAUCGCAAAAAGUCCGCUUGCGAGGUGGAAAUCGCUGAAAUACACCGGAAAUGAAUUGAAUCACCAAGCCGACAGCGUAAAGUGGAAGCGAACAUGACAUAAACCGCCCAUGUGGGUGCUUCCACCACACCUUUAUGUUUUUACAAUACCGAUCAUAAGUUUGUUAUCAUCGACUCUGUAUUUUUAUUUGUCAGUAAAUUUAGUUUUCCUAAUAUUUAAAUCGAAAUUAUUUGUUAGUCUAAAUGUUCAGGUGUAUAAGAUGCAAUAUUUAAUAAAAAAAAACCAGAUUAAUCCACCUAGCGUUGGUGGUGCCUUUCUCGCAUUUAUGUAGUUAAGACACCAACCUUAUAUGGGGUUUAUAUUGUCCGAUGUACCAUUUUCUUCAUAACUUUUAAACGCAAUAACCGAUCGUUAUAAAAUUCAAUAGUGAUCAACAAGGCUUUGUCCCCUAUCGAAUGAAACUUGUUGCGAGAAAAUCGGUUAAGGAUUACUAUACGAAAAGUUGUCUAAUGUUUUUUAUAGAUUUUGUGCACACACAUACACACAUACAUACACACGGACAGACAGACAUGUGCUCAGCUCGUCGAGCUGUGUCGAUUGGUAUAUAAUACUAUGGGUCUCAGAGACUUCUACAAAAAGUUCGUUUUCGGAGUGAAAUGAUAGCCUUUCGGUACAACUUAGUUGUACGAGAAAGGCAAAAAGUAGACAUGUCAGCAACAACUCUCGGUUCCAUCCCCUGGCACAUCCCAAUCCUUCUACAAUAUUUCAAUAUCUGCACAAUAUUGGCAUCCUAAUAAUCACUAGAAUGUAUAGCCAAGCCACAAAAUGUUAACCGGGAUUGUGUACAUUUCCACAUACUCAUCCUUACCAUUGUAAAUGGUGGAGUGAGGUGUUCCAUAAUCAACCCACUUCACACCUGACUCCGAAACACGAUCCAUCACCAUCGCACACGACGAUGAAUAAACGGUGCGCGUAAACAUUAACGAGCAAUAAAUGUGCGAGCGGAACGUGUUCAAGAGCAGGACCGCCAAUGAAAGUGGUUGAAGCGUUGUUGGUGUCACCGGCUCAUAAAUAUGUCCUACCUUUUAAUACAGCACAUGUUGUACAGUGGAUAUAUAAUAAAGACAUUGGAAAAGGUUACUUACAUGAAAAUGUGACUCAUGGGAGCAAAACAAUGAACAGCGCACUGAAAUGUAUUAAACGUUCGUGUAAUAAAAAGUAAGAAUAGAAAUACUGUGGGUACAGUUAGGUUAUGCUUAUUACCAGGGCCGGAUUUAGGGCCCACAAAUCUUAUGUACCAAAACCAACCUUUUUUGUACAUUUCGGGCCCCCACAAGCUGUCGGCCCGGGCCCCCUAUCGGCUAAAUCCGGCCCUGCUUAUUACGCUCAUAUUCUGAACACUCGUUUUGACAAUGACUAUUACGACUUUAAUCCCACAUCAUUUCAAACGAUAUAGGAAUCGUUUAAGAACUUAAUUUUCCAUACCUGUUACUAAUAGCUUUGAUUUCAGAAUGUUGAUAUACUAGCUUUCGGAGCAGGAGUCGGAAAGGUAUUCUCAAUUCAUAUUAGAAAAUCCAAUACAUUUAUUCAUAUUUGUAACAAUAAACAUAGUAUUUUGGAGAAUUUGAAUUGUAGUUUGUAAUAUGCAUUAGUAUGGAAAAAAAAUU